AUGCCUAGUGGGUUCGUUGUUCUCGGAGCCAUCUCAGCGUCCUGGGGUCUGUUCAAAGAUAUUGUGUCCUUUCUUCGGCGCGUAUACGAUGGCAAGUCAGAAAUCCCUGCCGUUCUGCUUCGCUUUGAAAAUGAUUGCUGUCUGAUGGCAGCGCUGGAGGCAUUCUUUACAGAGACAGUGCUCCGUUCGCUGCGCGAUGACGACCUAGACCACCUGCAGCGAGUAUUCUCCUACCUCCUACCGAAAUUGCAAAAUGUGGCAGUCCGUCUUCGGCGCAUUGGUGGUGCCAAUCUGUGGGAUCAGGCAAAGUGGGUAGCCGUAGGUAAGAGUUUAAAAUCAGCAGAAGAAGAUAUCUAUGAAUGGGUUCAGCGAUUGCAAUACCCCCUGAUGCUAUUACCGGCUUCCUCAAAGAGAAGCUUGCUUGAAACCGUUGGCGGUAGUUCUGAUCAAGCUUCAAAGAUGAUAAAUAUGGUGGGUACACAGUCCAAAAUCGAAGCGAGAGUGGCGGACUUCCACCGAGCUGGGAAGGAGGUGAACGCGGCAGACGUCACCAAAUUUAAGCUCGUCAAGGGACCAGUAUUGUCCCUGGUGCCAGCGAAAGGGCCGCAAAUUAUCUCGAGGGACGGCACUGAACAGGUCGUGGAGUUCAAAAGGAUCACCUCAAGCGCUGCAAACGAUCCUAGAGUUAUAGAUGAAGUCGAAAAGGAAGUCACCAAGCUUACAAGCUUAUUUUCACAACUUACCGAUGAUCAGGCCUUCCUUUUGCGUCCGAUGAACUUCUUCCGCUCCAAGCUGAUACCCACAGCCCCUUUUGGCAUCCUGUACCAAGUACCUUCGACACACAAAUUCCCCGUGACCUUGGCCGAGGUUAUAUCCAAAACCAAGCCGGAUGGCUCUCGCAUCUUGGAACAUUCCCUUGAUCAGCGUUUUGAACUUGCUCGUCAGGUCGCUACCGCAGUACUCUUUGUCCACUCCACAAGAUGGCUCCACAAGGGCAUUUGUGCAUCGAAUGUAAUUCUCUUAUAUCGAAUCGGACACCAUCCUGCCCAACGAUCUCCCAUCUGCCUGGGCACAGCUUUCCUUGUUGGCUUUGACUUUUCCAGGUGCGACGUAAGCCGAUCCACGGGCGACGAGACAAGCGGCUCGGACUGGGGCAGGCAGAUCUAUCAACAUCCGGCACGUGCCGGAGACACGGCUCAAGGCUACCAGCCUUUCCUGCAGGAACACGAUAUCUAUGCAUUAGGCGCUUUACUUGUUGAGAUUGGUCGGUGGAAAGCAUUGAGGGCUUACCCUAACCUGUUCAAGAAUGUCACGCCGGAGAAGAGGAAAACGGCACUUGAAGAUAUGGCGCGUGGCCUGUCGACGAGCCUCGGGCAAAAGUAUGUCGACAUCACUCUUCGGUGUCUUCAGGUCCUUGACCAGACACAGUCAGAUCAGCGGUCAAAUCCACCUGUUCUGGACGUUGUUCAUGGCCUCCAGGACCUUGUGGUAGCAACAAGAUAG